GUUUCUGCCUAUGACGUUUCGGCUACAACAGAUGAAGGAUGUGGCUGACGUUUGAUAGCGGGAUUAAAAUGGUUUGUUAAACAACCAAAAUCAAGACAGAUCCACGGAUUGUGGUCGGGGACUAGAGUGAGAAGAUGUUGGAGUCAUACGUCACCCCGCUCCUGAUGAGCUAUGUGAACAAGUACAUCAAGAACCUGAAGCCUUCUGACCUGCAGCUGUCUCUAUGGGGGGGCGACGUGGUUCUCAGCAAAUUGGACCUGAAGCUGGAUGUACUGGAACAGGAAUUGAAGCUACCCUUUACAUUCAUGAGUGGCCAUAUCCAUGAGCUGCGAAUCCAUGUACCUUGGACCAAACUGGGGUCAGAGUCUGUCGUAAUAACCAUCAACACCAUGGAGUGCAUCCUGAAGCUGAGAGAUGGAGCCCAGGAUGACCAUGACAGCACCUCGAGUUCGACCAGCCGCAGCGCCUCUGAUAGCUCCAAGGCUGUGGCCAAGCCUCGCCGCCUUCAGCAGGUAGCCCCCAGUGACCCGGACCUGCCCCCAGGUUAUGUUCAGAGUCUGAUUAGACGGGUGGUGAACAACGUAAACAUUGUUGUAAACAAUCUGAUCCUGAAGUAUGUGGAGGAUGACAUUGUUCUCUCAGUCAACAUUACCUCAGCCGAGUGCUACACAGUGGACGACAUAUGGGAGAGAGCCUUCAUGGACAUCACCACUCCAGACCUGGUUCUCAGAAAAGUCAUAAACUUUACAGACUGUACAGUGUGCCUGGACAAGCGGAAUGCAAGUGGCAAGAUUGAGUUUUAUCAGGAUCCACUGCUUUACAAGUGCUCCUUCAGAACGCGCCUUCAUUGUACCUAUGACAACAUUAACUCAAAGAUUCCGUCGGCUGUUAAAAUCCAUACCAUGUUGGAGAGUCUGAAAUUGUCGAUUACAGACCAGCAGCUACCCAUGUUUAUCCGAAUCUUGGAGCUGAUCAUUGCCCUCUACUACGGGGAAAUAGGACAGAAAGAGGCUGAAGGAGAGGAGGGCCUCGGUCAUGGUGGGGAGAGCGGAGCAAGCUCGCCUGGCAUGGAUGUUGAAACGGAGGGAUCUCAUUCGUUCUCAAGCCAAGACGUCUACAUGCGUGAUGUUAGUCCUGAGGGGGAAGACCAGGGCUGGGUGUCGUGGGCCUGGUCCUUCAUCCCAGCUAUUGUGGCUGAAGAAGGGGAAGACGGUCUUUAUCAGCAGAGAGAGAUUGGAGGCAAUCCCAACAGUCCCCAACAAAACAUGACCAGAGACCCCAUAGUUUCCAUUGGCCUCUACUGCACCAAAGCUUCCAUCACCUUCAAGCUUACAGAAACACAGUCGGAGAGCAGCUACUACAGUCCGCAGAAAGUCAAGUCCAGAGAAGUGCUGUGUGUGGAGCAAGAGGGAAUCACUGUUGAGGUGCUCAUGAUGGGAGAGCCUUUCUUCGACUGUCAAAUUGGCUUUGUGGGCUGCCGAGCUAUAUGCCUAAAAAGCAUCAUGGGAGUCCGGGAUUUUGAGGAAAAUAUCAACCGGCGUGAGGAGGAUGCGGUCUUCCUGAGUUGUGGGGACAGCCUCAGUAUGAAGGGCAUGACUUACCUCACCAACUCCCUCUUUGACUACCGCAGUCCAGAGAACAACGGAGUCCGGGCCGAGUUCAUCCUUGAUGCAGCUAACCACAAGGAGACCUACACAGAGAUAGCUGGCAUGCAGCGCUUCGGGGCUUUUUACAUGGAUUAUCUCUACACAAUGGAGAACAGCGGUGGCAAAGGCUCACAGGAGUUCCUAGUGUCAGGCAUGGAGGAGGCAGUGGCAGCGGUUGAAGAGACGUCCAUCAAGAGGCUGGUGGUGGGACCGCUCAACAUUAGGCUUCACAGCAGCGCCAUUCACCGCAUUCUCAAAAUGAUUACCUGUGCCAUGGACCACGAAUAUGUGUCCUACUGCAGACCCCAGCCAGAAACCGUGAAGGAAAGCACUGGUCCAGCUACUCCAGAGGAGAUCUUAGACUUGGAGGAGUUUAUCCCCACCAGACUCACUUGUCUCACUUUGCUUCAAGUGUCGGUCACCGUCUCCAUGGCAGAGUUCAACCUCCUCCACACACUGCCAGUCAUCAUGGGUCAUAAACCUGCAACGGGACCAGUCUCUGUGCCCGUGUUUCACCCAACGCGCCCGCUACCUUCUGUGCAGUUCCAGGUAGAAAGGGUGAAUGUCGAACACUCUGUGCCAAUGUACGCUCCAAAGCUGGUCUCCGCCGUCAGCAGUCUCAGUCAGCCCCCUGACAACCUGCUACAUCACUGCUAUGCACAUCUCUACCUCAAGGUGUUUGGAUUCCAGGCUGGCUUGACACUCAGAGACGUUACAGGGGACUUUCGGCCUCUAAUCCCAAUCAUCCCCUCCUUCAGUACUGCACUCUAUGGAAAACUGAUUCAGUUGCCUGCCUUGUGGAGCAAAAGGUCAUCAGUUCCCACCACAGAGUGCAUUUUAGAGCUUCCUCACUUCACAAUUCAGGCCACAAGGGCGCAGACACUUCUGCUCCAAGCCAUCUACCAGAGCUGGACUCACAGCAUGCUUAAUGGAUCGCCAGUUACACUCAGCGAAAGUCUUCUCAGUGAGGUGUUCAAAGUUCCAGGUGUGAGAUAUCCAGGCCCGUCACCGACUCUUGAAGGCUUGGUCCAAAAUGUGGAGUUGAAGUUCUGCAGCCGUGCGAUGGUGAAAUGUGCCUCGGGAACUGUGGGAGCUGUAAAAGUAUGCGCCAGGACCCCAGGUGCAUCAGAAGGAGUAAAGGAGAAACUGGUUCCUCUGAUUCAGGGCCCAUCUGACACAAAAGACCUUUAUAUGAGUCGCUGGCUGAAUGAGAUCCGCAAGCCCGAGUCUCUACUGGCUCCAGACCUGCUGGUGUUUUCUGUUCAAGUACCUCAGCAAGGAGACGACUGCAGACACUCUGGUGCAGUCCUGCUGGUCAGCGUUCAGGGGAUUUCUGUCAAUGUGGAUCCAGUUUUUUGCACUUGGUUGUUGUAUCAGCCUCACAAAGGGAGCAGCAGGAAACAGCAACAGAAUGCAGCUCCCGUUCCUCUGGUCAAGAAGAGAGAGGAUGAUGUGUCCAUAGGGAGCACACCAUUGGCCAAACAACCCUCCAACCAGGCGUCCGACUAUGCCAGCAGCCCCGUUAAAACCAAGACAGUGACAGAAUCCCGUCCGUUGUCCAUCCCGAUGAGGGUGAUGCCCGACAUUGCAGACGAAGGAUCAUGGACUACUUCGGAGGAGCGAAUGAAGGAACUCAUCAGUCAUGCCUGGGAUGCUGUUAAGCAACUCACUUUACAGUUGGAGCUGAAGUCGUGCUGUGUGUUCCUGCCCAACGACAGCCUCCCGUCUCCCAGCACCAUCAUCUGUGGAGACAUACCCGGAACUGUGCGGAGUUGGUAUCACAACCAGGCCUUCAUGCCAGCCACUCUGGUCAUUUGUCUGCCCCAGAUCAACGUCCUGAGUGCAGGACACAAAUACGUAGAACCUCUGCAGGAACUUCCUUUUGUUGUCUCAAAGCCAAUCUUGGAAGAAGGAGAUGCCUUUCCCUGGACUAUAAGCCUGAGUCAGUUCAGCAUUUAUACUCUGCUGGGUCAGCAGCAGAGCCUCAGUCUGCUGGAGCCUAUGGGAUGUACGUCCACCCUGGCCGUCACAUCCAAAGUGCAGAGCAGCUCAGAAGGAAGACCGUCCUUUGUAGUCUGUCUUCAUGUCGAUCUACAGCCCGUCCACGUCAAAUGUUCCAACCCUCAGGUUCAGCUUUUGUACGAGCUGCUACUCAGCUGGAGCUCCACAUGGGCACGACUGCAGAGACUCGUCAGCUUACGGCAGACCCCCAGCGUCCCAGAGCCCCCAGCUGGGGCUGCUCCGUCCUCCCCAGUGCGCAGCAGUACGGGCACUGCCUUGCCUGACACGAGUACCUGCAGCCCCUCUGCAGACUUUGGUUCCCCCACUGAGGGCGACUCGGUGCCAGCAGCAGAUGACGGGCCGUUCGCUGACACGGUGACUCUGGAACAAAAAACCAGCAGCAUCGAGGGGACUAGUGGGAAGGUCAGCCUGUGGAUGCAGUGGAUGUUACCGAAGGUCACAGUUCAGCUGUUUGCCCCUGAACCAGGUGCCAGGAAAACAGAGAUAUGUGUCGUCGGUGAACUAGAAGACCUGAGCGCCUCGGUAGAUGUCCAGGAUGUUUACACAAAGAUCAAAUGUAAAGUCGGCAGCUUCAACAUCGAUCACUACCGAUUCAGUAUGGAGGAGGGUGUUCAGAGCUCGGGCAGCUGUGGAGGAGUGGUCCUUUCUUGCACUGACAAGCUGAACAGACGCACUGUGCUGGUUCGACCCGUCAGCAAGCAAGAAUCUUUUAGCCACUUCUCUGGCUUUUUCCCUCCUACGGCAGCCAAAGUUCUGGAGGGCUCUCAUCAGCAACACGGCUUCCUGUCAAUCACCUACACUCAGGCCGUCACUAAAAAUGUCCGUCACAAACUCAUCACACGGCCAGAGCGGCCGUCACGCAGCGGCGUGACCGCCGCCGCUGAUCCUCUGCUGGACAGCUCACCUCAGUACCUGAGGGAGAUCCUGCUGACUGCCCAGCCCUUCGAUGUCGUUCUCUCCUUUCCCUUACUGGCCACUGCAGCAGGAGUUUUCCAGGUUACAGUACCACGGCGCUGCAAAGAGUAUGGGAAAUCAGCGGGUCAGCCAAUGAGAAGCCACGCUUUGUCCUCUCGAAGUUUACCUCUCAUUUACAUCAACACCAGUGUGAUCAGGGUCUUCUGCCAUGGAAUGCAAGACAAACCCUCUUUCCCAGAUCCCAGUGAGAAGAAAGAAAACACCCUUGUUUUGAAACUGGGUUCUCUCAGCAUGGCACCUCAGGCGGACAAUCCACUGACCCGGACUGUGCUGAGAAAAGACAUCUACCAACGUGCACUAAAUCUCGGCAUUCUGCGUGAUCCAGGCUCAGAGGUGGAAGACCGUCAGUAUCAGAUCGACCUCCAGUCGAUCAACAUCGGAACUGCUCAGUGGGAACAACUCAAGCCAGAGAAGGAGGGACUGAAGGGCGGAGCAGCAGUGGAGAGCGAGAGGAGCUCCCAGAAUCCAGCACUGGAAUGGAACAUGGCUAGCAGCAUCAGGAGACACCAGGAGCGUCGGGCCAUCGUCACGCCCAUCUUGACAGACUUCUCAGUUCGAGUUACUGCUGCCCCAGCCAUCAUCUUUAGCAAGAGUCUCUCCCCCGACUCUGGACCAACUGAGGAGGUGGUGGUGUGUGGCCACUCUCUGGAGGUGAAUGUGACCAGCAGUCUGGAUUUGUACCUCAGCGUUGCCCAGAUUCACCUCCUUCAGCAGCUUUUUAAAGACAACAUGGUCGACCUGGAAGCUUCAGAGAAAAACACAGAGGUGCGUCGACAAGAGCGAAAGCGAAGUUCACAGGAGCCUGCAGCAGGUGCUGACUCAUCACCCCGUCACAGUGGGGCUGGGCACGACAGCGGCUUUGGCAGUGACAGCGCUCGCAUCCGUAUCGUUCAAAUAGAGCAACAGAGUGGAGCCAGCCACCACUGCAUUGCUAGGCCGUCUCGCAAGUCCACCAUUACCAAGAACCUCAGCUUCAUCCCUUUUGACAUCUUUGUCACUGCGAGUAAGCUUUCUCUCAUGACGUACUCUUGCUGCAGUGCCCCAAAGUCCAUUUCCACAUCAUCUGAUACACCGAGCACUCCAGAGAAGAAGGAUCCUGGGGAGAAGGUGGGAAAGAGCGUCCUCAAUCAUCCUGAAAUCACAUCAGAGUCUCCUCCAGCCUCUGCCUCCCCCACUUCAGAUCCGGGGAAGGCUGCCCCAGGCUCACUUGCAACCCUCACAGCUGAGGACAUCCUCAACAGCAAUACCUGUCAUGCAGCAUCUCCACUACCCAGAAGAAGCCUAGUUUCUCUAGAUGGCCUUCCUACUCCCACCCGCUCUUCAGCUCGCCAAGCUCUGGGUGUUACCAUAGUGAGGCAGCCAGGAAGAAGAGGGGCUGGGGACCAGGUGCUGGAGCCCUUCUUGUUCCUCCAGGUCGCGCAGCCCUCUGUUCUGCUCAGUUGCCACCACCGCAAGCAGAAGAUGGAGCUGUCUGUGUUUGAUAUGUCUUUAAGAGGAGUAGCCUCUGACUACAAAUGCUUAGAUAUUGGAAAAACUUUACCCGAACCGCUUGACUACAACGUGUUUUGGAUUCAGACAGUAGCAGGAGAGGCGGACAGUAAAACGGGGAUCCCUCCCCCACUGCUUUGCCUGCGGAUUAAAGAUUUUCUUAAUGGACCAGCUGAGCUAACUGGGCAGCUUUCACGGCCACUGAAAGUCAGUCUGACUUUGACGAAGCUGGAGCAGACCAAAGCCUACCUGAAGAAGGUUUUGUCCAUCCAGAAAUGGGAUACCACUGCUAAAUCAGCCUCUGCUGCCUCCUCUUCUCAUUCAUCUCCAACAAAGACACCACAGGCCUUCAUCCCUCGUUCUGACCCUCUUCAUCAGGGUUCAUCAUUAGCCUUAACCAGCAGCAUCAAGACCUUAGCUCGAUCCUUCCACAGAGUGUCAGUCCACACAACUCAGAUGGUUGUAACCAUGGAGACAGAAGGCCACGCACUGAAGCCCAGCUUGACUGUAUCACUUUCAGCCUUGACAGGAUGUCUGCAAGUGAAGACGGCACCCAGGACAGAAGAUACAGUUCAGUCUGCCUCUCUGCUGCUGAAGCUGAAAGAUGCUCUGGUGAAGACAGGCUUGAGGAACCAGAGUCGUGUCCUGCUGGGCCCUUUUUCCUGCAGCAGUUCUGUGGAAGCUCGCUGGUGUCGGCACAGCGGCAGCCCUGGGGCUGAGCCCGGACCCCCUAAGCUGCUCCUGGACCUUAAGGGGGGUCUGCUGCAGAUCUUCUGGGGGCAGGAACACCUGAACUGCCUGAUGCUGGUUGGGGAACACCUCCGUGCCUACUUCCACCCCCAUAAAGACGACCUAGCUGAUGGCUCCUCAAAGGGAAGGGCUUGCCACACCCAGCCUCAACCCUCUCCCUCCUCUUCCUCCCCCCGAACGGAGCACAGCUCGGAUGACCUACGAACUGGAAAUUUUCAGUACAUUCAGGACUCAGGCUCACGGAGACUGCCAGGACCCCAUGAGGUGGUGUUUUACAGUGAGACGGAGGACAGCCCCGGGGUGAUGCUGUGGAGAUACCCUGAACCUCGUGUUCUCACCUUUGUCAGGAUAACGCCUGUUCCUUUCAACACAACCGAAGACCCGGAGAUCAGCACUGCUGACCUGGGAGACGUCCUACAGAUACCAUGCAGUCUGGAGUACUGGGAUGAGCUCCAGCAGGCGUUUGUUCUCUACCGGGAGUUCAGCCUGUCAGAGAGCAGUGCCUGCCAGCUGCAGCUGCCCAGCCUCAGCCUCAGCCAACAGCAGAAGAAGCUGGUGGCCUCAGACCUCUGGAGGAUUGUGCUCAAUCACAGCGGAGAAGGGGGAGACGAACAGAGUUCAGACAGUGAGUCCGGCUCCCAGGCUGCCUGCGAUCAGCUGGUGUCUCCGACGGCGUUGGCUGCGUGCGCACGUGUGGACUCUUGCUUUGCAACUUGGUUUGUCCCUGCUUUGGGUGUCUCCAUACAGCUGGCACAGCUGGAGGUUCGGCUCUGCCACCACCUUGAACAGCUGGGUACAGUUCCAUGUAGGAAGCUUCGUCCUUUCCUGCCGGACAGGAAGUUACCUCACGAACAGGAGUUCCUUGUAAUUGCUGCUCGGGAGCCCCAGUUAUUUGUGCACCAGUGGGACACCGGACCCCGUUACUGCCAAGAGUUCAGCUUUUCCACACAGCUUGACUGCAAACUGCUAGAGUACCGAAACCUGACACACCUCCAGCUCCUCCAGACCUGUGUGCUUCAGGGGAAGGCCUCGCUCACCAGCUGCCCCCAAAGCACUUCUCUUGAUGUGAAUGUCUUUGUGGAUCCAGUGUUCAUCAAUAUUGGCCAGUAUGCCAUCCACACUUUGGACACCGCUCUGCUUAGCUGGCAGCAGAACGGGAACGCAGACGCAGAGGAGCCGCUUUACAGCCACUAUGUGAUCUGUAACGACACACAUGAAACUCUGCGCUUCGGUCAGGUGGACACUGACGAGAACGUGCUGCUGCCCAGCCUGCACAGCCACCAGUACAGCUGGAGAUCCCACAAGUCUUCUCAGCUGCUGCACAUCUGCAUCGAGGGGUGGGGGAACUGGCGCUGGUCGGAGCCCUUCAGUGUGGACAACGUGGGAAUGCUGCUGAGAACCAUUCAGUACAAAGGGCGCACAGCCUCACUCAUCAUCAAGGUGCUUCAGCUCAGUGGAGUCCAGAAACAGGUGAUAAUCUGUGGACGUCAGGUAAUGUGCAGUUACCUGACUGAAGACAUUGAGUUGCGUGUGGUCCAGCAUUACGUGGGGCCCGAUGGUCAGACGGUGGUCAAAGAGCACUGUAACUGCCUGGAUGCAGGAACCAAGCUUCCUUCCUAUGUGUUGGAGGACACAGAGCUGACAGAGCUGUCUGUGAAGGCACGAGGCGAUGAAGACUGGUCCCAGGACGUUCAGCUGGAGAACAAGGACAAGGGCACCAGCAGUUCUGUUGUUCAGGUGGGCUGCUCUGGAGGCUCUUUGCUGUUCGUAUGGUGUACUCUCAUCACUACUGAGGCCGACUCCCCCAUGCAGCAGAGAGUGGUCAUUUUCAGUCCCCUAUUCAUCAUGAGGAGCCAUUUACCAGAUCCAAUAGUUAUCCAUAUAGAAAAAAGGAAUCUCGGGCUGAAAGAAAGUCAGUUCAUCCAAGGACAAGGACACCAGGAGCCCCUGUUAAACACUGAAGCUCACCUCAACCACCACCUCACUUUCCAGGCCAGAGAGGAUGAAGAUGCUUCACUCUGUGCCGUGCCCAUCUCCACCAAUCUGAUCAAGCAGAUUCUCAGCAAGGCUGAACAGGAGGACAAACCAGAGCUCCUUCUGGCAGACUUCUAUGGUCCAAAGACCACCACAAACCCACCAUGGCCUUACGUCACCAAAGACCCUGACAGGUCAGUGAUGGAGCCUUUAGCCCAGUGGGACAGUCCCAUGCAGGUGAAGUUGUCCCGCUGGAAGUCUGGUCUGAACACCCUGCUGGUGGAGCUGCUCCCCUGGGCCCUCCUGGUCAACAGCUCUCAGUGGGACCUGUGGCUUUUUGAAGGAGAGACCAUCGUUCUGCAGAUACCAGCCGGCAAGGUCAUUGUGCCACCCAACUUCAAGGAAGCCUUCCAGAUCGGUGUCUACUGGGCCCCCACCAACACCGUGCACAAGUCUCCAGCCCUGAAACUGGUUCAUGACCUGACCUCUCCUCGGUGGAAGGAGGGUUUCAGCUCGGUGGUAGUCACUUUGGACGAGGAGGGCUAUGUAGAUGUGGACAUCACUCUGGGAGCCUUCCCUGGGAAGCAGAAGCUGUGUCAGUUCACCGUGUCGUCUGUGGUGAGACACGGCAUUCAGAUCCUGCAGAUCGAGGACAGGACGAUCCUGGUCAACAACACUCCCUACACCAUUCACUACAGCCCUCUGCUGACGGCUCAGGAGCUCGGUGGGGAUGAGCAGGUCUGUGAGGUGGAGGUGGGCGACAUGUUCCCCCUCCCCCCCUCUGAAGCCUCAUCCCAAGCCAAGCCCUGCUCCGUGCCAUACUGGAACCUCCUCCAAACCAGUGACCAGGGGAAGGUGGGGUUCCCUCUGCCUCUCAGACACAUGCUUCUCAGCUUCCAUCCAGGACUAGAUGUUACCGUUGGAAGCACGGCCUGGAGUCUCCCCGCUCCCGUUAGACCAGACUUCCCCAGGCAGAGCGUGUCUGUUCCUGUAGAUCCGGACUGCCAGGGUGGCCUGUGCAGCAGAGCCAUUGUGCUUACCUACCAGGAGCACCUUGGGGUGACGUACAUCACCCUGAAUGAGGACCCCUGUCCACGAAUGCUGAUCCAGAACAGAUGUCCUGUGCACCUGCUCUUCAGGGAAAAUGUCAAAGAAACUCCAAGGGCUGAGGUGUACUGCCGCCGUCUACCUGCCAACUCUUCUCUGCACCACGAGCUCUACCACCACGUCUCUGGUUUUCCUGAUUGCAGACAGAAAGAGACACUGCCCACAGUGCAGCUGAAAUCCACGUUGGACCAAAGCCCCACUGAGUGGACCAACUCCAUAGACAUCAACUACCCUGGCACCCAGGUGGUUUUCCUGCCAGGCUUUGGGUGUCUGUACACAGAUGUGUCGUACGACGGCGGCACCCUGGUUCUGUCCUUGGCGCCAGAGGGCAGCAUGGACGCCAUGACCUACCAGCACAGCAGAGCGUCUGGGCUGUCCUUCAGAGUGCUCCUCGCCGAGGUCAGUGCCGCGGUGACUGAUGACAUCACCAGCACAAGCGGCUCCGUGGAGCUGCUGAGGCUCACCUUAACCAAGCUGCUGCUGAGCUCGGCUCCUGCAGGCAGCUCUCUGGCCUCCGAGCCGGCGGCCGACUCUGGUGUUGCCGCUGCAUCUGCCUCAUCUCUGAUCGAGGUCUGCUGCUCCAGCCUGCAAGUGGACAACCAGCUUUACAAUCGCACAAGUUUCCACUUCCCCGUGCUGCUGUGCCAAGACCAGAGAGGCGGAGUUGAACCUGCAGCUCUGUGGAGUAUUGACAACAAUCCCACAGAGUCCCCGGAGGCGCUGGAGGAGUUCAGGCGCUCCUGUUUCCUGCAGCUGAGAAUGACGAUGGACAGACGCUCUGUGGAGGAGGUCACCUUCCAGCUGCAGCCUGCCAGAGUCUACCUGGAGGACACUUUUGUGUACUACGUCAGAACUCUGUUCCACACUUACAUGCCGGACAGAGCUGUGAGCAGAGAGCCUAGAGCCGACUCUCUGCUCCCUGAACAGGUGCAUCAGUCGGUGAUGGCUCUGGUCCACCCCGUGCGGCUGCAGAGGCUCACCAUUCAGCCGGUGAACCUGCUGGUCAGCAUCCAUGCGUCCCUGAAGCUGUACAUCGCCUCGGACCACACGCCUCUGUCUUUCUCCGUGUUCGAGAGAGGGCCGCUCUGCACCACAGCCAGACAGCUGGUUCACGCUCUGGCCAUGCACUACGCCGCUGGAGCUCUCUUCAGAGCUGGAUGGGUGGUGGGAUCCCUGGAGAUCCUCGGCAGCCCGGCCAGUCUGGUCCGGAGCAUCGGAAACGGCGUGUCGGACUUCUUCCGCCUGCCGUACGAGGGCCUGACGCGCGGCCCCGGAGCGUUUGUCAGUGGAGUGUCCCGAGGAACCACAUCUUUUGUCAAACACAUCUCAAAGGGCACCCUGACCUCCAUCACUAACUUGGCCACCAGCCUGGCGAGAAACAUGGACCGCCUGUCUUUGGAUGAAGAGCACUACACCCGGCAGGAGGAGUGGCGGCGACAGCUGCCUGAGAGCCUCGGCGACGGACUCAGACAGGGAUUGUCCCGGCUUGGCAUCAGCCUGUUAGGAGCCAUUGCUGGCAUCGUGGACCAGCCAAUGCAGAACUUCCAGAGGAACUGUGAGUCUCAGAGUUCAGCCGGGACCAAAGCCAAGGGGGUCAUCUCUGGAGUGGGGAAAGGCAUUGUGGGAGUUUUCACCAAGCCCAUCGGGGGAGCAGCUGAACUGGUGUCCCAGACUGGAUACGGGAUCCUCCAUGGAGCCGGCCUGUGGCAGCUUCCCAAGCAGCUCUACCAGCCUGCAGAGGAAAAGUUUGCUCUGUCUCCAAACAGUCACCUGAAAUAUGUCUGGAAGAUGCUGCAGUCUCUGGGACGGACUGAGCUCCACAUGGCCCUGGAAGUGACCAUUGUGAGCGGGUCGGGUCAGGAGCACGCCGGCUGCCUGCUGCUCACCUCGGAGGUGCUGUUCGUGGUGAGCAUCAGUGAAGACACGCAGCAGCAGGCCUUUCCCAUCACAGAGGUGGAGUGUCAGCAGGAACCAGAAGAGCCGGAUCAGCUCACGCUCACGUUACAGCAGCAGACGUUAACCAGCAACUCUGAGGGGGAUGGCGUCCGUGAGCGUCUGUCAGAGCAGCAGUAUCAGCGGCUGCUGGAUUAUGUGACCAGAGCCUCGCAGUUCCUGUCGCCCUCGCCCGCCGCCUUGCAGCUGCAGCCCCCAGUCGCUCUGGCAGAGUCGCCACCGUCCGUCACAAAGUCUUACCGCUACCUGGUGGACCCGCCUUUUGCCAAGGUGUUUGUGAGGAGAUUCAUCAUGGUGAAGAACAAAGCCUUACACAUCGGAUUCCACCCGUAAACUCUGCGGCUCUCAGAUUCAAAGACCUUUUUUUUAACACAAAUUAAGCCUUAAGUACCCUGAGUGUUGUCAUUCUCUUCAGAUGUGGAGAAUUCAUAGGAAACAUAUCUUUUGAAACGACCAACUUAUCAGAAUGUGUUUUAGUCCUGUUCAGACACAACACUACUCCCAUUUGUUGCAGUUCAGUUGGGCUGCUGUGGUUGCGGAGCCUCCAGACGACAGCAGAAACGUCUGCAGCGCCUCACUCCGCACCCCCAGCUCGUGUUUACAUUCUGCAUCGUCUCAUGCCAAUGUGAAGUGCAAUGCUAUAUGUUGAUGGACACUAGAGAAACCAGCUGAUGACCCAAACGUUUUUAGAGUAUGUAAGAUAUUCAUGGACUGAAGCCAAACAAGAUGCCUUUUCUAUGUCUCUACAAGUCUAUGCCUUUAUAAAUCUAUAAUAUAUGAACAGAGAAAAUCUUAUUAAAUGGAUGCAGAAAUC